AGCGCCCCGCGCCCCCGAGCCUUCGCCGGCACCAUGGCCGGCUUCGCGCCACGGGUCCAGUACUUGGCGGGCUUCCGCUGCCCGCUCGGGGGCCUGGCGGCGGGCAAGCCUCGCGUGCUGUGCCACGGGGCCGAGAUCUUCGUGUCCACCGGGAGCGAGCUUGUCUACGUCUACGACCAGGACGGGAGGCUGCUGACCGCUGUGUACAGGUUCCCUGGCCGGGUGUGGCACCUGGAGCUCUCGACCCCCCGCAGGGCGCUCUACGCCCUGUGCGCCCAGAAAGGCAUCUACUGCUUGUCGUUGGACCAGGCGAGCAGGUCUGUGAGCCAAGGAGCCGGGGACGACAGGGACGCGGAUGAGGACGACAGUGAGGACAGUGAGGACGGUGAGCCCCCUUGCCCUGUGAGCCCUGUGGACCCAGAUGCCUGCAUCCUCCCCGAUGCCACACUGUGUGCUUUCGUUGUGCUCGAUGACAUGCUGAUCACCCUGGCACAGGGUCCUGCCCAGUGGAAGGUACAGCUGUUCGGGUGUCCCUGUCCAGGGGAGGAUGCCAGACCCCCGGGCCAGAUCGGCGAGGUGGAGUUGUCCACUUCCAGCCCUCCGGCUGGGAGCCUGGGGGAGCCUGCAGCCCCCCACUUCCUCCCAGUGCUGUGCUGUGCGUCACCACCAGGCUGCAGUGGGCCGCGCGACCGUCUGCGGCGCUCCGGGGGCUUUGUGCUGGAACGGGCCCUCUUCGGGCUGCUCUUUGGAGUUGAUGCCUCCCUCCUGGAAUCACCUGUGGUCCUCUGCGGUCUCCCCGAUGGCCAGCUCUGCUGUGUGGUCUUGAAGACUCUGGUCACCUCCAGGUUGGCCCCGGGUGACCCGAAGGCCCUUGUCAAGAUCCUACAUCACCUGGAGGAACCCGUUGUUUUCAUCGGAGCCUUAAGGACAGAGUCACCGGACAUGGAGGACACACACCCUGACUGCCUAGUGGCGCUUGGUCACUGCGGCCGGGUGCUGGCCGUCAGGGCCAGCUGGGAUGAGGCCGGGGCCGUGGCGCCAGAGCUGCAGGAGUACCGGCUCCCGGGGCCCGUGCUGUGCGCAGCCUGCGGCGGAGACGGCCGUGUGUACCACAGCACCGCCUCCGGCCUCUGUGUCGUGGACCUGGCUCGGGGAGGCGCCCCCCCGGACCCCGGGCAGCCUGACGGGGGCCCGGGAAGCCUGCCCUCGCUGCUGUGUCCGGCCAGCUUGGGCGUGUGCAGCGUCGUCGCGCUCUCGGUGUUGUCCGAGGUGCCUGCAGGUGGCACCAGGCUCCUGGCCUUGUCUGCCAGGGGCCGCCUGAUGACCUGCAGCCUGGACCUGAGCUCUGCGGUGCCCUGCCCCCCCCAAGGGCCGGUGGAGAAUACUGGCCAGAAGAUUAAGGAACUACUCUCUGGAAUCGGGACUGUCUCUGAGAGAGUGUCUUCCCUGAAGAAGGCAGUUGACCAGCGCAACCAGGCCCUCGCGUGCCUCAAUGAAGCCAUGAACGUGAGCUGCGUCCUGCUGGCCAGCCGGGAGGGCCCCAGGCCCAUCUCGUGCACUGUCACCACUGCCUGGAGCCGAGCGCAGCUGCGGGAUGUGCUGACGGCCACCUGCCGGGUGCAGAAUGGCAGUGGCUUCAGUCUGGGGCGGGGCUGGACUUGGUGCGUGCAGGUGCUCACCGGCUCCCGUGCCUCGGACCCGGACCCGGCCGGCUCGGCCACCACCUACACCAUCCCUGUGGACCGGCUGGGCCCCGGCGAGCAGCGGGAGGUGACGCUCACCCUGGGUCCCAGUGACGACGGCACGCUGGACCUGCCUGUGACGGUGGCCUGUGCACUCCACUACAGCCUCAGGGAGGUCCUGGGCAGGGCCCUCGCCUCCUCGGACUCUCUUGAGGACCCCUCUUUGGACGGGUGCCCCCCCGACAUGUUGCCCGAGCAGGAGGGCAUCUGCCUGCCCCUGAGCGACCACGCGGUGGACAUGCUUCAGUGCCUGCGCUUUCCUGGCCUCGCCUCGCCCCCCGCGCAGGCGCCCAGCCUGCUCGGCCCCACUGGUGACCCCGUGGACACCUUCCUGGGAGCUUGCCUGGGGCCUCGCAGUGAGCCGGCAGGGCCUGCUUCACUGCGGGCCAAGUUCCUGCCCCCGUCGGUGGCCACCAUCAAGGUGUCGGCAGCGCUCCUGAAGGCCGCCCUGGGGGCCGGUCAGCCAGGUGACGGUGACCCACCUGGGCGCAGCAGGGCCCCUGCAGGCUGUGGAGAUCCAAGUGGAGAGCCCCUCUCUGGCCAGCCUGUGCCAGGCACACCAUGCUGUCGUGGGGCGUCUGCAGAGGAUGGUUGUGGAGCACGCUGCCCAGAGCUCCAGCCCACCCGACCUCCGUGUCCAGUAUCUCCACCAGAUCCAGGUCAACCACGAGACACUGCUGCGGGAGGUGCAGACGCUGCGGGACCGGCUGAGCACCGAAGACCAAGCGAGCUCGUGCGCCACGGCAGAGCGGCUGCUGCAGGUGUACCAGCAGCUGCGCAGCCCCAGCCUCCUCCUGGUGUGACGCCCCCUCCAGCAGCUGCCCGUUGGCCCCGCUGCACCUGGCUGCGCUGGGCGUCUCCGCCCUGGAGCACCGGAGCCGGACCGGCGACCUCUCCUGCGCCCGGAAUCGGGGUCUAGACCCCAGGACAGCGGCAUCGUCGCACGGCCCGCUUAGGCCCCUGAGAACGUUGCUGGGGGCGGGCCGCCCACUCACCCACAGACCCUUUCGGCCCCUGGUGGGCCCGUCAGCCCUGCUUCUCCGCAGGGGCUGAGCUCCCCAGCUGGGUGGGCGCCCCGGGGGCUGGAGCCCGCUCCCAGUAGCUGCUCCCAGUGAGGCCACACUCAGCGCCCAGCACUGUGCAUUGUUUCCAGGGUCCCCAGGGGUGGGCUGCGGUCCCCCGGCUGCCUCCCUCCUCCCGGGCUUGAUUCCCAUUCUGGUGCUGACAUGUUUAACAACUGGGGAGGGUGACCUUCCUUUGGACUGUGACAUGGUGCUCUUCUGUGCGUCUGGGGUCUGCGAGGCACCCCCUGCCGCAAGACAAGUCCACUCGGUGUCUAGCUGC